AUGUUAAGAGACUUAAACCAACCACAAGGUGGUGAAGCAAAUGAAAUGUCAUAUGACGACAAAUAUAGACACUUCUCCAUGGCAAAGAUGAGACAAGUUUUAAAUAUUUACAACAACCGUAAACAAAAAGGUUUGGGAAACCACUCCCCCGAAGAAAUGAAAAACAACCCUGACUUAGAGAAAGACUAUAUAUUUAAUAAUUUAGUCAAAAGAGACAAACAAGAAAGAAUGCCGGGCUUCAAACUUCAGAAAGGUGACAAAGUAAAAAUAGAAAUACCUAAACGCGACCCAUAUGAAAAUACUAUUGACUAUGACAACAAUGGGAACCCGACAGGUACUCACAUUCGUGUUCGUAAAAAUAGAAGAAAGUAUACAAGAGAAUAUUAUGAAGUUUUAGGCAAACAUGGCAAAAUGUACACACUGCAAGCAGAAGAUAAAACGACUAUUGUCAGACCUCGUUUCAAACUUGUCAAAGUUCAAGGUGGUAUACUUUCAAAAACAGUUCCUAACAAAUAUAAGACAACUCCUGACGAAUAUGCUAAAGAAGUUGAAAAUGACGACUAA